AUGGCUGCUUUGAUUCAUGAAGAUGAAGUUGUUACCGCAAUCUCUCCGGAAAAGAUGUUUAAGGUCUUCGUUCUCGAGGAUUCUGUAAUUAUCCCUAAAAUUAUUCCUGUCAUUAAGAGUAUUGAGAUUAUUGAAGGAAACGGAGGUCCUGGAACUAUUAAGAAGACUACCGAAGACUAACUUGUUAAGUAUGUGAAAAUAGAAAUUGAUGCAAUAGAUAAGAAUAUUUUCAUAUAUAACUAUAAUACUAACAUUUGAAGGCGCACUAAUGGAGCAAAUACAAUAGAAAAAGUCUCUUAAUGAAAUAAACUAGUAUCUAGCAAAUAGGGCAAAUACUAUGCAAAAAGGCGACGUCUAAGCAAGAGCAUAGGCAAAUACUAUGCAAAAGGCGACGCUAAGAUUGAUGAAGAAGUAAUCAAGGCUGGGGAACAACAAAUAUUAGCAAUGUUCAAAGUUAUUGAAACGUACCUCUUGGCAAAUCCUAAUGCCUAUUAAUUUAAUUAUGUUCCCAUUUUAAUGGGCUCAAUUAAUAAAACCUAUCGUGUGAUAUUUUUAUUUCUUUUUGUUCUCUUUGGACCAAAACUACAUAUAGUUUUUUGGUCUGUCUCAAAAUAACAGUUGAAAAUUCUGUUGAAUGUGGGCAGGAAUGCACCAUGUCGUCGA